AUGUCCGUCCCAGACGCUGAUAACAAUUCGACACGUAUACAGACGGAAACCUCGCCAGUGGAAUGUGACACGGAAACCAGUGAAAAGACAGGCUCCUCUUCUAUCGGUGCAGGCAAGGAAUACACAUCCAGUCAAAUGAGAAUAACAGCUAGUAGCAACAACGACAAUGGCUACACGUCAAGUGAACUGCCAGGGGAAUUAGAACAUCGAAUAUAUCAGGCCGAAAUCCAUUCAUCGGGUGCACCAAUGAGGGGGAAACUGGCUACAAACCGCAACGCACGCCUAGCAGCCAAACGAAGCAAGACGCUUGGCAAGUCUAGAGUGUUAAUGACGUGCAAAAGCAGGUUGUAUCUCUACAUUGUUGAGAAAGAGAGCGCCGCCUUCUAA